CUGAAAUCAUGUCACAUAGAAUAAACGCUUCACUGAAAUAACUUCCGGUCGAAACUACAACUAAAUUUUUAGAUUUUUGGGAUGAUCUGAUCAAAAUGCUUUAAAAUACAGCAUUGUCAUGAGUUUCCACUUUGUUACCAUUAAAUUUGUCAAUGACAGAAGUUGCUUCGUUGCAUUAUCUGCGAGUAUUUGUCAAAAUCAUGGAAAAGAGGGAGAUAUUCAAGUAUUUGAAGUUGAAGGUACAAGUGGUGACAAAUUAUUUGUGAGUUGGUCAGGAGAGACGGUCAGAGGGACAGCAGAAACAGAUGGUGUGCUCCAAAUCAAUGGACUCUUUGGUGCAAAGGUCGGCCUCAAAGAUGAAGACAAGGUUAUUAUUCGACCUGUGUCUAAAGUGCCUAUAUGUACAAGAUGUUCUGUAGAGCCAGUUUCAUUUGAUGACUGGGAAAUACUGGACAGACAUACUGCAUUUAUAGAGUCUCAUUUAUUGGACAUUGUAAGGGUUAUACAGAAGGACAGGAUUUAUCCUAUCUGGGUGGAGAAAUCUGUCUGUGUAUUUAUUAAAAUUGGUGCUACUGAUCCUGAAGCAGACUGUGUUUUAUUGGUUAAUGAAACUGAGGUUUUAGUGUCACCUAAAGUAAGGAAUUCUGCGAUUGGUCAACCUAUAGAGCCACUAAUCAAACGGUCCAGUUCAAAAACACAAGAAGUGCCAUUUAUGCCUAGCCAAUAUGAGGAUGCCAAUUUUGAUACAAAAUUUAAAUCAACAGAUUCUGAUAUAAGUGAUAAAGAUUAUUUAGGUUUUAACAAAGGGGCAGAUAGAAAAGUUAGAGAAAAGUCACCUUAUGAUAGUAUUUCUAGUCAAUGGAAAAAUCUGUUCUCGUACCUCGGGUUUCGGUCACGUAUCGAGAGUAGGGUCAUCCCAUCGGAUGAUGAAGAUGAUGACUACGAGGAUGAAGCCGACUCGAUCGAGCAAAAAGAAGUUCAGUUACAAAUGGGGCUGAAUUUAGUGCUACGUGUGCAAUAUUUGAAAUACUCUAUCAACAGUAGUGACGAUAACUCUCCAGAUUGGACCGGAGGUGGAUUUCACCGACGCGGGAGUGGAUCACCGCGUAAAAAUGGUAGUUCAUCACCUAGGAAACAAAGUCGCGAGUCACCGUCAAAGUCUAGCAGAAGUCAGUCACAGCCUAAAUCCAAUUUCAAGUUAAAUUAUUUUCCCCAACAGCCUAGCACUAUUUACAUGGACAAAUCAGAUGUUGAAAAGCAAUUGAAAUGUAAUAGGUCAGAAAUUCCGAAUGUUUUUUAUGCUAAAUUGAGAAAGUUAGAAUCACCAAAGGACAUACAGCUUAAUCAAGAGAAAUUAGGUCAAAGUUCUGGCAUAGGCAAACAGAGUAUACGAAAACCAAACAAGAACGAUAAUGAGGUCAAGGACAAAGCGUCACCUCAUUCAGAGACUCCGGAAUCCCAACCUGUUGCCACAGAAACAAAUAAGGAAAAUGAAUACCACUGUGUUGUUCGUGUUGUGGUGAUUGAUCGAAGACGUCAACUGUGUAACGAUCACUUUUCUCCGAUUGUAAAGAGAGUGUUAUCGGAGCAACCUUUGGUAAAAGGUCACGUGAUAGUACCAGAUAUGUUAAGACGAUAUUUGAAACUAGAUUUCAGUAGUAGGGUAUGGAUACAGACACUACGAGUCAAUCCGUCUCCUGCUGCAGCAUUUUCCUUGUAUCCACUCGGAAAUGUGCCAAACAGGGCAACAAGUGACAUGCUGAGCCUUGCGUUCAGGACUUGGUUAGGUCAGAUAAGUGUAGAGGAAUAUCCUAUGGUUGUGUUUCAGGGCAUAUUUCUCAGAUUCAAGGUCUUCCAAGAUAUACAUGUUGAAUGUCAGCUUACAUACAAAGAUGCCGACCGUCUGAGUAAAGGUUGUUAUACAAUGCUGCAUCCAGGAACGCUACGUAAUUGUACGCUCACUGUCGUUAGUGGGUGUCGAGCCACUGACCUUACUCACCCAGUAGUUCAGCCAAUGUUAGCAUACAACAGUUUAGCCAGUUUUGACCCUCCAGUACCAAAUACUGACCUCAGCUCUGUAGGGGGUAUGUCAGAGCUUAUAGAAACAGCCAUCUCAAAUAUAGAAAUAUGCCUGUGUUCUCGGAGACUGUAUAAAGACAUCUUCCUGACCACCCCUGGUUUACUCAAUGGCAUGCUCUUACUUACUGGACCAAAGGGAAGUGGGAAGACAACUCUUGCAAAGGCUUUGUGCAAGAAAAUGACAGAGUUACCCAACUUAGCGUACACCAAUGCAAUAGACUGCAAACCACUGAGAGGGAAGAAGGUAGAGACUAUACAGAAGGUGUUUGAGUUGAUAUUUGACGAGGCUGCCUGGCGACAACCAUCUCUUAUAUUCCUUGAUGACCUUGACCACUUGUGUGGGGCUCCGUCAGGACCGGAGUUUGAAAUGACAGGAGAGGCCUUGUACUCGGCCAGGGUUGCAGAGGUGUUGAAGGAUCUUUUAAGAAAAGACAUCAGGAACAUGAGUAAUAUAGCAGUGUUAGCAACCAGCCAAUCACGUUCAACGUUACAUCCUAUCUUAGUGUCGUCAAGGGGAACGCAUCUUGUACAGGAAGUUAUGACAAUCAAGCCUCCAAAUAAGAAUGAGAGAAAAGAAAUCCUUCACACAAUAAUGAAAAGUAAAUCCAUGGUAACAGGGGAAGCUUUAGAUAAACUAGACCUGGAUAAUCUUGGGCAGCGCACCGAGGGGUAUGUGGCGCGAGACUUGGAACACAUUAUCAGCCGAGCUGUGCAUGCGCACAUACUCAAACAGGGAAGAGCUGUCCAAGACGAUUUAGAGCUUGACCUCACACAGCACGAUUUUGAGGAGGCUUUGAGUGGGUUCACCCCAGCGUCAAUCAGAAAUGUUCCAUUACAUGAAGCGGGGGAGUUAGGAUGGUCUGACAUAGGAGGUCUGACUGAUGUCAAAGAGACAUUGAUUGAGACACUUCAAUGGCCAACAAAGGUAAGUCUUAUUCUGAUUUGGUUGGUCAGGAAUGGAAAAUUUUUUGACAUUUUACAUGUUGUAAAUAGUGUUCAUAUGUUCCUUGUAACAUAUGAGUCUUUAGCUCAGAGUGCUAAGCCAUGUAUCUUGUUUUUUGAUGAGUUUGAUUCUAUAGCUCCAAGGAGAGGUCAUGAUAACACAGGUGUAACAGACAGGGUGGUUAACCAGUUACUCACACAGUUAGAUGGUGUAGAAGGUCUGGAUGGUGUGUACGUGCUGGCAGCUACCAGUAGACCAGACCUGAUUGAUCCAGCUCUUCUUAGACCUGGUAGACUCGACAAAUGUCUACAUUGUCCACUUCCAAAUCAGAUUGAGAGGUUACAUAUCUUAAAGGCCCUAUCCAACAAAAUGAAUCUAACUGACAACAUAGACUUUGAAUAUUUUGCCGAGAAAUGUGAGGAUUUUACUGGUGCUGAUUUCAAGGCGUUAUUGUAUAAUGGUCAGCUUGAAGCGAUACACGAGUUUACGUCUGCUGUGGCCGAUGGUUCCGACACUGACACUGGAAAAUUUGGAAUGAUGCCAAAAAGAGGUCUGGCCUCGAAACUAAAGAGUGGAUCAAAAACCACGCAAUUGAAACUAGAGACAAAGAGAGAAAGAAGGAAGUCAUUUUCAUCAGGGACGUUAGCCUACAUACCUAGUUUAGAGGAAGGUGUGAGCCAGGUGACCCAGGAGGUAGAGGAAAGGUUAAGUAAUCAGGUGUCACAUAUUAGGUUAAGAGAAAGGAGGGCUUCAGAUCAUUUUGUGGUAGAUAACCAACCUGAGUCACCAUUCCAAAUGAAGAAUGUUGUCAAGGUAACACAAGAACAUAUGAUGGCAGCUGUUGAGAAAAUGAGGCCGUCAGUGACUGGGGAAGAACGCGCAAAGUAUCAGAGAAUAUAUGACAAUUUUGUGUCUGCAAGAGGCGGCCAUUUUAACACUGGUUAUAUGGAAGCUAUGGACAAGAUGAAAGCCACUUUAGCCUGAUAGUAGUACAAUAAUCCUAAAAUAUACACAAAUGUUGUAUGUGCAGUACCGUUAUGUAAAUGAUUAAUGCUUUUUUGCAUUGAAAAUUAUAUAGAUGUGUUUUUAGAUCCAUACAAACUGUAAAAUGUAGUCAAAAUGAUUAAAAUCUUGUAGGUAAAUAACAACACUAGAUUUUAACUAGUGAUCUGUAAUUGAAAUCACACAUGGCAUGUUGUAUUAUUUUUCAUCACUGUAUUAAAGCAGCCUUCAGUUUAUUAUAUCUAAAGGUUACAUAAUGUUAUUUUAAGAUAAAUCAUUUCAUAUAAUUGUAAAAUCAAAAGAAAUACAUGUAAGGUGGAAAAUGAAAUUUGCUGAGGAAAAAAUAAAAUAACAAUAGGGAAACCAGUCAAUACCUCUAAUCUAUCAGUCCGCGUUCUAUAUUUGAAAUGAGUAAAUUAAACAUUUCGUUUUCAGAUCUUCUAUUUUUAGAAAUGAACGUCACUGAUGUGUUAUAAAUAGAUCUCAGGCGCAGUUUUGUAGAAGGAUUAACAGUGAUAUCAUGCACUUUUUCAAUAUAAAAUUACUGAAAUACUUAGUUUGAAACAACAGAAUUGUUAUUUCAACAGAAAAUAAAAGCUGAAGGCCGCUUUAAA